GAAAAACUUUCAUCGAGGAAUAUAUUAUUUAUGCUCUUCUUGUUUUAUACUCACAGAUGAUUCAAAUCGGAUGAUUCUAUGUUUCAAAGAAGCACUGAUCGUCGUUCUAAAGGAUGAUUUUAUGAAUGACAUUAAGCAAGUAGGUAGCUAUUGCAUUGAAGUAGAACCCAUUGGUCCUCAAGAUCGCGAAUUUCUUGUGCAUAUGCAUUCUUUGAUAACUAUCGAUGGUUAUUUAAAUGAAACAAAACUCAUUAGUUCGAUGAUGGAUGAUUUGCAGUGCCUGGAAGAAAAAUAUACCGAGUAUACAUAUAUGGUUUUUCCUUUCUUUGUUAGGUUUCUUUACAAGAAAAAUGGUUUAUAUAAAAAGUCAUUGUUCAUUGGUCUUGAAGAAGAUACAUAUCACGUCGAGAUUACGCACACUUGUCCUUAUUGCUUAUCAACGUUAACAGAGAACAAAGACUUGGAACUCUGCCAAUAUGAAAGUUUAAUUAAUGAAGGUGCAAACAUAUUACUAAUGCGAUAUCUCGCUAUAACAAAUUUCGAAGGCAUUUUAAAUUUUCAGAAUAUUACGAUUAGCGGAAGCACAACUACCUGCGAUUAUGAAAAAAGAGAAGUUAAAAGUACUGAAAUGAUAUAUAAUCUUAUCGAUGCAGAUCUGUACCGCGUUACAAAAUAUAAAACUACAUGGUAAUCAUCAAAAAAUAUACACUAUCGAACGAAAAAUCUAUAAAAAAGAUAGCCUUAUACAACGAAGCAAAAUUUAUUUGACAUCACAAGGAAGAAUACUUGAAUAUGAUUGGUUAGAUACACUUUAUAAAGCACAAAAAAGUCCAUUACUGCAGGAUGAAACAAAUAAAAGUAUAAACGUACAAAUUUUAAUCGACUCAAAAGAGUGGUGGAUGCACAAUAUGGAGAUGUUCUCUAAAUAUUUGGAUAUGAAAGUAAUUUUUGUUUUAUUUUCUAAAAAUUAAUUCUUUAUAUUAUAAUAAUAAAUAAAAUUAAUAAAUCAGAAUUAUAUUAAUAGGUAUUCUCCUUGAUUAAGUAUAUUACGCUAAUAAACUGCGUAUUCAAUUACACAAUUAGAUGUUUUCAAGUGUAAAGAUUAUAUAUCCAAAACUUGUGCAAAAAUCAAAUAUUUAUGGAUUACAUUUGUCAAACUCUUUCUUUUCUUUUAUUUUAUUAUAUGCUAUACAUAUAUAAAAUUUGCAAAUAAAUUUUUAUAUUAAUUUUUCUCUUU